AUGGCGGCCGGCAGCACGUCUUCCUCCCUUACGUCGCAGACCUCCAACACGCUCACCUUCGCGCCCGGAAUGGCCGCGCACCUCCCGAACAUGUCCGGCGCCAGCACCGCUGAAGUGCGCGCCCUCUUUGACAACCUGGGCCCUGCGAACCGUCACGCCUUCCUGCAGCCGCCGCCCGCGAUUCCCUCUGCCUCGCUGCAGGUUGUCAAGGAUACGCUGGACGCCUUUGCGGGCCAGAUCAGCGAUGAGCAGCUCCGCCUGCUAAAGGAGGCAACCAAGAAGCGCAAGCGAGCCGACGCAGGCGAGAGGGCAGAUGUGCUCAAGAUCCGCAAAGUGCACGUUGACGGGUUCGAGACGACCCAGGUCUGGCAGCAGGCACGCCGUAUUAUCCAGAGCGCUUUGAAGCAUUCUCAGGAAACUCUGCAGGAGCUCGAGGACCGGAACGAGAUUGUCACGAACGGCGUUGCCGGUGAAGAUAGCCUUGCAGAGUCCGAUGAGGAAGGAUCUGAAGAUGACGACGAAGAGGAGGGCUCCGACGAUGAGGAAGAGCUCUCUGGUUCCGAUCUGGAGGGCCUGGAAGACGAUGACGACGAGGAAGACCUGGAGGAAGGGUCCGACGUCGAGGGUCUGACUGGGGACCUAGAAGAUAUGGAGGAUGACGAGGAACAAGAGGAGGAAGACGAUGACGACGACGUAUCAGAGACAUAUGUUGAGGACCCUAACGGUCUCAACGACGGAUUCUUCUCGAUCGACGACUUCAACAAGCAGACACAAUGGUUCGAAGAGCAAGAUGCCCGGGGAGACCCCAACACCGACGUCGCCAGCGACGAAGAGGAAAUCGACUGGACGGCCGACCCGCUAGCCGCGUCAAGCAAGUCAAAACCUAAGAAAAAGGCGGACGAAAUGGAAGAAGAUGUUGAAGAAGAGGAGGACGAUGACGAGGACGACGGGCCUACGUUCGGUGACAUGGAUCUUAACGCUCCCGAGGGCGCCAGCGACGACGAGGACAUGGAUGAUGCCGCUGGCGAAGAGGAGGAGUUCAACGCGAACGGCAUUUACUUCAAGGACUACUUUGCACCACCACCGAAGAAGGGCUCCAAGGACAAGAAGAAGAAGUCGGUCCGCUUCGCCCCCAAGAAGGUCACCGAAGAGGACGUGGAGCGCGCCAUGGAGGACGUCAAGAGAGACCUCUUCGACGACGAGUCGGACCACGGAGACGAUUCCGAAGACGCCCUGUCCGACGUCUCCGCUGGCGACCCGCGGUCCCGCAGAUCAGCCCACGAGAGACGCCAGGCGAAGCUUGCCGAGGAGAUCCGCAAACUCGAAGCAGAGUCGGUUGCCAAGCGUUCGUGGACACUGACAGGUGAGGCCUCGGCCGUCGAGCGACCUGUCAACUCCCUUCUGGAGGAGGACCUCGCAUUCGAGCACCUUGGAAAGCCCGUGCCCGUCAUCACGGCCGAGGUGAGCGAGGGCAUCGAGGACCUCAUCAAGCGCCGCAUCAUCGCGCAGGACUUUGACGAGGUCCUCCGUCGCAGACCCGGCGCCGAUCUUCCCGAGAACACGCGCCGCGGGCUCAUCGAGCUUGACGACUCCAAGUCUGGCAAGGGCCUGGCGGAGAUCUACGAGGAGGAGCAUCUCAAGAACACCGACCCCGACGGCUACGUCAGCAAGUCGGACGAGAAGCUGCAGCGCGAGGAGAAGGAGAUUGAGCAGAUGUGGAAGGACCUCAGCGCGCGUCUCGACUCGCUCAGCAGCUGGCACUACAAGCCCAAGCCGGCGGCGCCGUCGCUCACUGUUGUCUCGGACGCGGCGACGAUCAGCAUGGAGGAUGCCCAGCCCACGACGGCGCAGGGCGUCAGCGGCGGCCAGAGCAUGAUUGCACCUCAAGAAGUCUACAAGGCCGGCAAGGACACGGCGGAGAAGGGCGAGGUGGUGGCCAAGAACGGCCUGCCGGUGGCCAAGCAGGAGAUGAGCCGCGAGGACAAGCUGCGUCGGCGCAGGAGGGAGAAGGAGCGUAUCCGCAAGGCGGGCGGCACGGACGCCAAGAAGCCGCUGGGCAAGAAGGCACAGAUGCAGAAGGAUACGCUCGCGGACCUCAAGAAGGGCGGCGUCAAGGUCAUCAACCGCAAGGGUGAGGUUGUAGACGUGGACGGCAACAAGGCCAAGGCGGAGGCCAAGGCGACGAGCAGUAGCUUCAAGCUGUAG